AUGGUGGACGAGCUGGUGGAUGAACUUCUCCGUAUCUGCCGAAUUCUUUCCAGGAACAGUUUCAUGCCACGACUGAAGCCAGCUAUCAGGGUUAGCAGCGCCUCUGAAGGUUCGAGUCCCUGUGAGGAUGAUGCCAUCUGUUGCCUGCUCGUGCCCCUGAAGCCCCCCCGUGGGCAUGCCUUCCACCUGGAGCUGAGCACUGCAGGGGAGCUACCAGCAAAGAACUCGUUCCUCCGUGUGGAGCUGGUGUGCACCUGCACGAGGCAGCAGCUGGUGGGGGACAUGCUGUGCUUCCUCCACCACCCCAAGGAGAAGCUGCGGAAAAAUCAGAGUCCCAGCCUCCUAGGCACCCUCUGCACCGGCCCCUACCUAGACAUGGAGAAAACCACCCGCUGGUUCCAGAUACUGGUAAAAGCAGCCUGGGUGGUUUUGCCUCAGUCGAGACACUGCCAUCUGACAGUGCUGCCCUCCAGGCGCUCCUGCAAGCUCCAGAUGACAAACGCUUCCGAUGAUAGUACCCUCCUGAUGGAGAUGAUGUUCGCGGUGCAGCACAGUGACUCAGACACCUUCCUGAGCAUUGAGUAG